UCUCCAAACAGAUCCAAAUCUCAUAUUUUCACCUCCGAAAAUCCACCAAGAUUUCGUUUCUCUUUCACUGUUGCUUAAUCGCGGAAGAUGGACUAGGUUUUUGCGAGCACGAACCGUUUGUUGGGUUUGGGAGUUCAUGGAGGGGGUCGGAGGCGAUGGUCCCUCAGGAGCAGCUGCAGCACUCGACCAACGGAGGCAUGAGUUGUCAAAACUUUUCCAAUAUUAUCUAGAUAAAUCUACUCCACAUGCUCAUUAUCGUUGGAUUGGAACUUUUGGUUUGGUGCUUCUUUAUGCUCUGCGGGUUUAUUAUGUUCAAGGAUUCUACAUUAUCACCUAUGGUUUGGGGAUCUACCUUCUCAAUUUGCUCAUCGGGUUCUUGUCGCCUCUUGUUGACCCGGAGCUGGAACCGACUGAAGGACCUUCCCUGCCCACAAAGGGUUCUGAUGAGUUCAAGCCUUUCAUUCGCCGUCUCACUGAGUUCAAAUUCUGGUAUGCCAUCACAAAGGCUUUCUGCGUAGCUUUUGUGAUUGUUAGGUCCGGAGGAUAG